AUGAUCGACCGAGAUUCGCUUGAUAAAUUGAUGCUUGCUGAUAUUAUAGAGUACUGUCAGGAAAGAGGUUUGAAAACCGAAGGGGCCAAAGCAGAUUUAAUAGAGGAUCUGAUAAGUUGGAAAGAAAACAUUCGAUUGAUCCCUGCACCCUCUACGCCGAGACUCUACACAGCACUGGAACUACUGCCAGACUCAUCCUCCACUUUACCACCUCAGCAGCGCUUAGAGUUGAAUUCAAGAGACUUGUCCAUGCUAUUUCUGGACGAUAAAAACCCUGAUUUUGACAUUCCAUAUCAUGCGUUGGUUGUAGGAAAAAAGCUUGGUAGUGGAGGAUUCAAAGACUGCUAUACGGGCAUGUACAAAGGGGAACCUGUGGCUAUUGGUGAACUACGUUUGACGCACUUUAAUCAAGUGGAUCUUGAUGAAAUCAAGCAUGAAAUCAACGUUCUAAAGCAACUACGACAUGAAAAUGUGAUUCGAUUCAUAGGUGUGUGUACUCAUCCUCAGCAUUUAUGUAUCAUCACUGAAUUAUGUGCAAAGGGCGAUUUGUUUGACGUUAUUCGAUGCUACAAAAAGCCCAAUUUCUCGCAAUUGGUGAUGUACAUGUAUGAUAUUGCGCUAGGCGUGUCCUAUCUACACACAAGAAGGCCAUCCAUUAUACAUAGAGAUUUGAAAUCUAUGAAUAUUCUGAUCUCAGGCGAUGAUAGAGCCAAAGUCAAUGAUUUCGGAUUAGCCAGAAUACGCCCGAAAGCAAAUAUAUUAAUGCACACGCAUUGUGGAACACCAAAUUGGUACAGUGACAUGGAUCAGGCAGCUUUAGUGUUGAGCAUUGCUAACUUGCUUUCAUUCUACAUAGGCAAGAUCUACGCAUGUGGGCUCAUAUUCUGGGAGAUCUUGAGUUGGGGGGAAUAUGGCUAUCCUUUUCAAGACUUGACAGAGCAUGCACUUUAUGUAGCUGUGAAAGAUUAUCGAACCAGGCCUCCUCUUGGUAAAUUGAGUCAAAUAUACCCUCACCAGCUGCUGGUUUUGAUCAUGGAAAUGUGGGAUUCAGACCCUACAAUGAGGCCCUCAAUGAAUCAAGUUGUUGAUAUCUUGUCCAACUAUCUCACCUGA